AAUUGUGAAUAACAAAUUAUUUAUUUACAAAUACUUGCAAUAGUUGCAAUGUACAUGCUACAGUAUUUUAUUAUCUUCUCUCAAAAUGAUUAAAAUUUGUGGACGUUUUCACCGUUUCGUCAUACCAUAAUUUAUAUACAAUAUAAGACGAAUAAUAUACUAUAUUAUGUACAAUAAUUAAUAUUGAGAGUUGAAAAUGGCGUUUCAUUUUAAUUCCAGAUAGGAGUUUGACAGCAUACAAUUCACAACAAGUCACACAUGAUGAUGAUGACCUCAACUACGGACCCCAACCUAGAAAUGUUGGACAUUGUUCACAAACUUGCAUCUUUAAGCAAAGUCUCGCCAGAGUUUGCAUCCUCAUCCUCCUUUACUCCAAGUGCUGACCCCGUUGGUGUAUUCAAAAGAGAGUUUCCAAACAACAAAAUUGUGACGACUACUUCCUCCUCCUCCUCCUGCUCCACUUCAUCAUUAUCUCAGAAUAAUUAUUCUGCAGCUCACAUUUCUCUAACUCUUCGCCCACCGGCUAUGCCACCCUCCAGUAAUCUUAACGGUAGUCCUGGUCGACGAAUUAAACCUGUCUCAGCACCCAGGCGCCCCCCAGAUAUUCAAAACAGAACACUCUUUCCAUCCAUUGACGACUCGAUGCAUGAACUGCAUUCUGCGUUCGCGACAACGAUGACUCCACAGCAGAAAGAAAGGUUCCCCAGUAAUAAUAAACCUACCUCUUCUGGAUUUAGUUCAGCCAGUGAGAAUAAAUUGAGAAACUUGGAAAUUAAGCUGCAAGGGAGAACACUUUGUGGUAAUGCCGAUCAACAACAACAAGAAACUUCUGAGCAAAAACUCCAGCUAAAAACUCGAGUGAAUUUAUUGACUCCAAAACGAGAAUCGACUGAAACCAUCACCAAAAAACGACAAUGCCCUCGAUCUGCUGAAUUAUUUGCUGAGAUAACGCCUGAAAUUGCAUCAAACAUUGACAAAGUUGCCUCAGAAUAUUCUUCCCUGUUGGACAAAAAUGUGAGUCAAAAUAUUAUUGAGGAAAUUUCACUCCUUUUGCAGCUGAUAGUAUCCACUCGUCCACUCACCAGCACGGAACUGGAGUAUACGAACAUUGCUUCGAAAAUUGGUGGUGAUCUAACCACUGUGGCGCAACAGAUUUUCUUUGUCAUCAAAGUGUUGACUCUUCAGCUCAGCAGUUCACUAGUUUCAAUCGACCCGGAAGUUGUGCAGCUCCUCGUGGAUAAAUAUCCUCACCGAAUACCCAAAUCAUUUCGAAAGAAUUUUCAAGCCUGGUGUGAAAUCCAACGUGACAAGGGACGAAAAGAAAUGCAGGUGGAGCUGUCAAGAAAACCCUCUGAGUUUCAUCAGUGUGUGACAUUUAGGAGUGAAACUGAUGGCAGGUCAAACUUUCCAUCACAAGGAAACUUUCAUUCCUUUUGUAAGCAGAGGGACCUAUUUUAUUUAAUCAAAACUUUGUGGGAGGAACGAAAGGGGACGACGACCAUUCCAGGUGGAAGAGAUCAGUCUUCAUUUGAUAAAACUAAUAGUUUUUCAAGAUCAAGGCCAUCCAAAAUAAUGGGGUCCUCAACUAAUCGGGAGAUUGGGGAUCCCCUACAUCAAAAUAUCAAAGCACUCUUCAGCAUAAACUCGACGUGGGUAAACCUGUCCCAUUUUGCUGCCUUGUUUUCUGCCCAGUACACAAUGGACUCGAUGGAGGAGUCUCGUCAUGAAAGGUCUGUAAGGGUUCAAGAUGACGUCAUGAAGGGUUUGGAGCAAGCAAAUCCGGACCGCAUGGCCAAGCUCAACAAUCGGAUGUCGUCCAUAUCCGAGCUGGAAUCAGGGUCAAAGGAUUGCUUUGCCUUUCAACAAUAUUUCAUCACCACUGCUGCUUCCCCUCCUUUCAAUCAACAUUUAGUGGAUCGGAUCUCCUUUGAAAUUCAACAGAUUGAAGAUUCGUUGGAUUCUUCUGCUGAAGCUGAAGCUAUUUCUGAGCACGAGGAGGAAUAUUUGCUAAGAAAAUCUGUCCUCUUAGCAAAACUGUUAGGAUGGAUUGCAUUUUUACCAUAUCGAGAAGCUCAUAAUAAUAGUAACUCCACUGUUGCGGUUAGCCAACCCAACAACAGCUCUUUGCUCGACCGAGAAACUCUCUCCAGUAAGCACGUCGAACUUCGGAGACAUCAAAAACCUUCCUUGGACCUCUAUUCCAUUUUGUGCAAUGCGGUCAAAAAAUCCAGACUGACUUUUACACUUCCAUGGAUUAUAGAAUUUUUAUCAUCCGCAGAUUAUAUUUCUCUUCAGCUUCCCGCCUACAAAAAAGUCAUUCUGCUCAUUUGUUCCGCAUAUCGAAAUUUGUUCUCAGUAAAUGAAAAUUUGUCUCAAUUAUGCCUUGAGAACAAGAACUUUCUUAGAUUUUGGUGUGGAAAUUUAUUCUCUUUGGACGUUUUUCCCAUCGCCUUUCUUCAUGACAAUGAGGACGAUUUAACAGACCAGAUAUUGAACUCUCAUCAGCCUGACAAACUUUCCAUGACCCACCUCAACGAAGGGGCUGGAUGUAUAAUUCCAAUAGAUGCCAAAACAUUCCUCGGAGAACACCUUUCUAAAUUUUACUUUACUGUAAAGUUCAACCACAUGAAGUUCACCCUGCACUCUGGAUUACAGCAUCCGCAAGUUCCUGCUACCAUAACCCCAUCACCAUUCGGUAAUAACGGGCAACAUCGGCACAUUCGUCCAAUAUCUGCAAGACCAAGUCCUAGGUCCCCAAAAACGAUUUCCAUUGAUGCUGAAUUACAACGACAACUAGAGUGCAGCUUUUUUGACCUGAACUCAGCCUCUGUAAAAAGGACAGUUGACUUUAUUUCGGAUAGGAUUGCUUCCAAUUAUGUGAAAAUCCUUCGGAAAACAUUGUCUGAUCGAAGAAAUGAGCUAGCACAAGAGAGAAUAUUUGAAGAAAAUGCAGCUGAACUUUGUCGGACGACCAUGUUGCAAGGGGUGUCUGGGUUCAUAAAUUCGAAAUGUCAAGUCUCCGUAAACCUACUGAUUGGCGAAACUUUGUCCAUGGAUGCCUUAAAAAUUUGCCAACAAAUUGCAGAGAGACAAACAACGGACAAAGUCUCUCAGUGGAUUGAAAUCCAUAUAAAACCAGAAAUGUUUCCCGAAAUUCCGUUAGCCUCUCCUCAUCAUCCACCACCGUCCACCGAUGCUGUGCUCACACCUACUGGAGGAGAGGAUAACAAUAAUACCACAACUGCUGCUCCCAGUUUUAGAGUGAUGAUUACUCUUCACCGCUGCAUGAAACGACUCCACGACAAGUUCCCAGUUCUGGAUUCAGCCAUUGACGAUAUUCUGAAUUGUACCCCGAUGGGAAACAUUCAGGGAAUGAUAAGCACCCUCGUCGACUUUGGAGUUACCUUAAUUGCAUUUUGGCCCCAAAUUUUGAACGCCGAACGACAAAUGAAAUUGAUUUGCUUAUGGAAACCGUGUUGGAGUUUAGACUGUCAAUUGCUAAGCCCCAGAAAUAUUCUAAUCUUAAGUGAAUGUUCCGAAAAUGUGAGGACCUUGUCUUGGACAAAAUUGGAGGAGAUAAUAUUGCUGUUAAUUAAGGAGAGCUUGUUAGAUUUUGAGACUGUUGAGCAAGACUGUUUUCGAUUGCUCAGGGAAGGCUUGUCCCCUCAGGAAAGCAAAAAAGUGUCCCAAUUACUUAAAAGGUUGAUUUCCUUGACGAAGGGAGACCAUCGUAAUUACGCGGACGGGUCGAGCAGGGAAGUUGUUGAGUGGAUUUCAUGGUUUUGUUCCGAUGAUCAUUAUGACGGAGAGUUUUAGGAAAUCAGUAUGACACGAGAAUGUCUGUUUUUUAUGAUACAUUUGAUGUUACGCUUACUCUUUUUAUUGUUAUUGUAGUCUUAACUUAGGUCUAUGCAGGAAAUAGUAUAAAUGGAAUGAAAAUGUCCAAUAAAAUCAGUCAAUUUAUGUGCUUAGUUGACAUUAGUUGUUAA